AUGAGCUUUCCCGGUGCAGCGCCUCCGCCCUCGGGCGUGGAGCCGAACCUAAAGCAUCCACAGGAUGUGCUAAGGUCGUGCAAUUAUGCCAGGCAAGCUCUUACCAUUGCGUUUGUGUCCGCUUUCGUUGUGACUCGUUUUUAUGUCAAGACAAGAGUUAUGGGAGGAGGGACAACAAGAGAUGACUUCCGGAUAUACUGCCACUAUCUUCUACGCUCCCAUGGCUCUGAUCGUCAAACUUGCUCUCCUCUUCAUCUCAUACGAGUCUUCGGAGAUGUCCAUAAGAAAACCAUGAUGGGCAUCUACAUUUUUAUCGGCAUGCUUGUGGCAUACUAUGUGUCAGGUCUUUUCAUCAAGAUCUUUAUAUGCUGGCCGAUCAGCGCGUACUGGAAAGGAGAGACAGACAAAUGCUUAAACCAAAGCGCCAUCAUUUUCGCCCAUGCUAUCAUCAGCGUCAUCAGUGACUUGGUCAUUUUGCUACUCCCGACCCCGCUCACGUGGUCACUACAGCUAUCUAGACGGAAAAGACUCCGAGUCAUUGGAAUUCUUUGUGCUGGAGGCGUCGCGACAGCUUUCAGUAUCUACCGAUUGGCAAUGAUCCUGCACGAGGGCAAGUCUGUAAACCAGGCCAUCGUCUUCACAAAGGCGAUAUUAUCUGGUCACUCAACCCAUGGAGAUGUUAGUAGACGUGGAGAGAUCGUGAUGGCCCGAUCCUUCCACGUCGAUGCUGGAAGAACAGACAAGGAGGUACACCACGACGCUUACGACUUGGGUCACGACGAGGCUGGAUUAUUUGCUAGCGUUCAGGCCAACCCAAAGAGCAACUAUUCGAGUCGAAGAAGGCUUAUCAGUACAGCCGUUAUGCACAUGACGAAAUCAGACCUCAGAAUCGAGGACGGCUACAGUGUCGAUUAUGAGAUUGGUCCACAUGGAGUUAUUACCUCUGGUGUUAAUACAGAAACCGAAACAAACAAAGGACAAAGACUGUCAAGGAGGCGGGGGCAUAAAAGACCUUAUUAUAGUAUUUAA